AUGAGUCAAAUGAAAGUAUUGGAUGGUGCUACAACUGUUUCCCUGCUGUACACCCUGAACUAUUGCCCAACAGAGGGCAAGCAGGUGUUGAUGCCAACUUCCAUGCUUCUGAUCAGAAAACAUAUUGGACCAAGGACGGACCACGCUGCUCAGAGGAAUUGUACAAGUGAUGGAAACAGUGGUCCGACUACAAACAUUUUAGUAGGCAACUUGUCUGAGAAAGCUUCUUUUAUAAAGCCUAUAGUAAGGCUGUUCAUGAUUGUUCAUGAUCAAUUUUCAGUGUAUGCAGUUCAUGAUUUAGGUAAUGGUGUGGUGAAUUCCCUGAGCUCUAUCUUCACUCAUGUCUCCUCGGAAAACCUAGAAGAGGCCCGCAUGCUCUACAAGGAGAUAAUCAACUUUGUAAUGGCUAAAUCUGGAACAGAGACACUCCAUUCACAGGAGGUACGUGUACGUGUACGUGCGCUUCAGAAUGAAAAUGAAAGCACACUGGAAAAUGGAAACAGAAGGCCUCAUUCAUCAAAGAAAAAAGCAAAUGAUAUGCUAUAUCUUGUCACUGAUAAUCCCCCCUGGUACUUAUGCAUACUUCUUGGCACUCAGCAUUACCUGACGGCCUUGGGCGGAACAGUUGCCAUUCCCCUCCUUCUGUCUCGGGAGAUCUGUUUGCAACAUGAUCACCUCACCCAAAGCCACCUUAUUAGCACCAUAUUUUUUGUGUCGGGAAUGUGCACGUUACUUCAAGUUCUUUUUGGGGUCAGGUUGCCCAUUAUUCAAGGAGGGACUUUUGCUUUCCUAACACCUACUUUGGCCAUGCUGUCCUUGCCCAAAUUUAAAUGCCCAGAAUGGACCUUCAACAAGACAAUGGUCAAUAGUAGUGACCCUAUCUUCAUCGAAAUCUGGCAAACACGCUUACGAGAGAUUCAGGGAGCAGUCAUGGUGGCAGCCUGCUUCCAAGUGUUUGUGGGGUUUUCUGGUUUGAUUGGAUUUUUGAUGCGGUACAUUGGCCCAUUAACUAUCGCUCCGACCAUCUCACUGAUUGGACUGGCCCUUUUUAAUUCAGCAGGGAAUGAUGCAGGCACCCACUGGGGUAUUUCAGGCAUGACUACAGGUUUCAUUGUAAUAUUCUCCCAAUAUCUGCGCAAUGUGCCAGUACCUAUUCCUUCUUUUAGUAGGAGUAAAAGGUGCCAUAUUAAUUGGCUGAACAUUUUCCAAAUGUUCCCGGUGCUCUUUGGAAUUGUAGUUUCAUGGGUCAUUAGUUUUCUACUGACAUAUUUUAAUGUCUUUCCUGAUGAUCCUAAUGCUUAUGGAUAUUAUGCAAGAACAGAUAUAAAGAGUACUGUUAUCAGUCGUGCUGAAUGGUUUCGCAUUCCAUACCCUGGGCAGUGGGGACUACCAACUGUCAGCCUGGCUGGUACCUUUGGAAUUCUUGCUGGAGUGAUCUCUUCAAUGAUUGAGUCUGUUGGAGACUAUCACGCCUGCGCCCGGCUCUGUGGGGCUCCUCUUCCACCAAGAGAAGCCAUUAACCGAGGCAUCGGCAUUGAAGGGAUUGGCUGUCUUCUUGCUGGAGCUUGGGGUACAGGCAAUGGAACCACCUCCUACAGUGAGAAUGUUGGUGCUCUGGGUAUCACUAAGGUGGGGAGCCGAGUUGUUAUUCUCACCAGUGGAUUAUUAAUGAUUUGUGUGGGAAUGCUUGUAAAAAUUGGAGCAAUUUUUAGCACCAUCCCACAACCAGUAAUUGGUGGAAUGUUGAUGGUGAUGUUCAGCGUUAUUACAGCUGUUGGAAUUUCAAAUUUGCAGUUUGUGGAUAUGAACUCUUCAAGAAAUAUCUUUAUUUUUGGAUUUUCCAUGUUUGCUGGCCUGGCCAUUCCCAACUGGUUAAAUCAGCAUCCAGGUUCUAUACAAACAGGAGUAGUUCCAGUAGAUCAAGUCAUCCUUGUACUUUUAACCACCAGUAUGUUUGUUGGAGGAUUUCUCGGUUUUUUUCUGGAUAACACCAUACCAGGUUCAGAGAAGGAACGGGGUAUAGUCACUUGGAAGCAAUCUCUCUGUGCUGAUGGUGAUAAAGCAGCAACUGAAAGUGAAUGCUACAAUUUACCUUUCGGCAUUGGCUCCAGAUGUUGCACUGGUGCUUGGACAAGAUACAUCCCCUUCUGGCCAAAGCCGAAACCUACUGAAGAGGAGGAGAAGAAAGUGAAUGCUCAAAUUCAUAAUGAAACUCAAUUUUAAUGCAGUGUGAAAAAUACUUGAAUCAACCAUUUUCACAAAUAGAUGGAAUUGCUGUAUAUUUCAUUCAUAUUUUCCUAAAAUAGAACUUUAAUCUCCUCUGCAUCAAAGAAACAAAUAAGAA